AGAGAGGAGAAAGGGGACACGAAACCACAGUGGCUGCAAUGGCGUCGCCCGCUCCUGUGACCGGGAAGCUGAUCGCUCCCCUGCGGCCGCCGGCGUCGGUCCGCUACGGCGGCGGCGGAGUCGGAUUCAGGUCGACGCGGCCGUCGCUGACCGCGGGCGCGGUCCGGUUCAGGGUCUCCGCCUCUGCUUCCGACUCGGACGUGCCGGACUUCCUUUCCUCCGACUGGCUUGAAACACGCAAGAAGAAGCCUUUUGGCCCCAGGUUGAAUUAUAAUGCAGAAGAAGCAGUGGAAUACCAACUUGAGGCCUUGAAAUACAAUGAUAAACCUCGCCCAGAUUAUGGAGUAGAGGUCAUGUACCGGUUUGCAGGCUUUGAUCCAUUUGAAAGGUCAACUUAUUUCGGACGACAGUUUGAUCUUGGUCAGUUCGAACGUUUCCGGCGGAUAUUUCACCAUUCAACUUACAGAGUGCUGCUUGCCCACAAAGAAAGAGAAAUAUUGAGCAGAUUAUGGGUUGAAGAGAACCAAUUUAAGCAGAGAGUCUGGGUCCGGGGAGCUCGUCCAGAGGAAGAAGAGAUAUUCCAAUUUACAAUGAUUCAGAGAGUUGGAGGCUCAUGGGAUGGUUACUGGUUAACCGAGAGCUUGACCAAUGAUGAUGGAGACGCUUUCACGGGUGGGGUUGCUUAUUGAUCAGUGUGUAUCUUGAACAUUCUGCCAGCAUGCUGAUAUACAUAUGAAGCCCCAAUACAUAUAUACAACUCGAGCACGCUGAUGUACAUAUGUAGCAAAUGAGCAAUGUAAGUAUGAGUUAUGAACUGAUGGUCCAGUUAUAGGAGUUGUCGCUGUCCAUACAGAUGUCACACCUGGAUUAGCAGAACAAUCGAAUUUGUGGUAGAAUUGGCCGGUGUGUUCCCAUUCUGUAAAGCAUUUCUUCAUGUCAACCAUACCGCCAAGUGGCCAAAUGUAUAGAAAAGUGUUGCUUUCGAUACAAUUGUAAGUUUAUAGAACACCCAGAUUCUGAAUAUCUUGGAAUUGCAAAGGUUGUUGAGCCAAA